AUGUCUGAUAACCAUAAACAACCACUACCUAAAAGCAAGCAACAACAACAACAACAACAACAACCUCCUCCACAAUUGCCCUUUAGUAUCGGAAAUCGCUUUACUCAACAUCACUUUCCAAACGCGAUAACAACGCGCACUACGACGCCACAGCAACACCCCACGCCAUCCCACUUUCACAAUGACCAAGCAACAAGAGCAGUUGCAGCUCAAGCAGCCUCGACUGCAACAACUAGCACUACAAACACAUCCACACUAUCUUCGAGUUUAACUUCAAAUGCAACCAUUGCCAAAACCGAUUAUAUUGGGGUGUAUGCAAUUGGACGUGAAAUUGGUAAGGGUUCUUUUGCUAUUGUAUACAAAGGUCAUGAUACAACCACCAACAAGCCAGUGGCGAUAAAGUCAGUAUAUCGAUCGAAAUUGAAAUCCAAAAAGCUUGUUGAAAAUUUGGAAAUUGAAAUUCAAAUUUUAAAAACAAUGAAGCAUCCUCAUAUAGUGGGAUUACUUGACUAUAAACAAACAACUGCUCAUUUCCAUUUGAUCAUGGACUAUUGCUCAAUGGGAGAUUUAUCUUAUUUUAUAAGAAGAAGAAGUCAACUUGUUAAAACCCAUCCAGUGAUUUCUAGCUUGUUACAAAGAUAUCCUUCACCACCCAAUUCUCACGGGUUAAACCAAGUACUAAUAUUACAUUUUCUUCAUCAGUUAUCUUCAGCUUUGAUGUUUUUGCGGGAAAAGAGUUUGGUACAUCGAGAUAUUAAACCACAGAAUUUACUCUUGUGCCCCCCUUUACAUUCAAAACAAGAAUUCGUUGAUGGCAAAUAUAGUGGGAUGUGGGAAUUGCCAAUUUUAAAAAUUGCUGAUUUUGGAUUUGCUCGAUUUUUACCUUCAACUUCAAUGGCGGAAACCCUUUGUGGAUCUCCCCUUUAUAUGGCUCCCGAAAUAUUGCGAUAUGAAAAGUAUAAUGCUAAAGCAGAUUUGUGGUCAGUAGGAGCUGUAUUGUAUGAGAUGGCUGUUGGUAAGCCACCUUUUAAGGCGGGAAAUCAUAUCGAAUUGUUGAAAAAUAUUGAAAAAGCUAAUGACAAGAUUAAGUUUCCAUCGGCUGCUGAAGUUCCCGAAUCUUUGAAACAAUUGAUUAGAUCACUUUUAAAGUAUAAUCCUACAGAGAGAAUAUCCUUUCAAGAGUUUUUCAAUGACGGCUUGAUAACAUGUAAUUUGGAAGACACAAAUAAACCGUUGGAAACAUCUGAUAUGGACGAGGAUCUAUUUAUUAGUGAGUACAUCAGCCCCAUCAAACCGUCGGAGAGAUCUCAAUUAGUUAAAAAUGACACUAUAGCUCCUAUGACUCCAGCUUUCACUGAUACUAGACUGCAUGUACAAGGUCACACGCAACAUCGGCUUCAAGUUGAUAAAGGUGGUGCUGAAACAUUUUCAAAACAUAACGUUGAUUUAGAGCAAGCAACCGUGGAUGCAGAUAGAGGGAACGAUUUCUGUGAUAAUGCCAACCAAGAAGACGACCCCGGAGACGAAUCCAAUAAAGAGUAUUCACGCGAUAAUGAUAUCAAAAAAUUGAUAAACAAAAACAGUCCUGAUCCUGAGCGCCUCGGUCAUUCAAUCGUUAACAAUAAAUCAGCCCAAUUCACACUGAAAAAAGAAGAUUUAAUUCUUGAGAAGGACUAUGUGGUUGUAGAAAAGAGAGUCGUUGAAGUCAAUGCAGUAGCAGAUGAACUUGCUCGCGCUGGUACUGGUGCCGAAGCAAUGAGUGAUCCAAGGGGCCAUCUUGGGGGUGAUAUGUCCAAUCUACAGCGACCAUUGCAAAGAGCUCGCAAGAACUCUUCUGGCGGAUAUCAACGAAGACCUAGUUUCACUGAUCGUCGUAUUUCCAUCUCAAUAUCACCAACCAAUGCCCUCAGCAAAGCAAUUGGUCUCGCCCUGCAUCGUCUUUUUGGAGGAAACCAUGUUCCCUCUUCGAAUCAAGCUACACUGGCCACUACCAUAUCAGAGGAGGGAGGUGAUGAUCAAGAUAAGAAUAACAGAGCAGAUUUUGGUUCAUUCUCAACUGUAAUGUCCAGUCCCAACUUUGCCAAUAAUACCCUUUUACAGAAAUUAAAUCUUCCCAUCUCAUCUAUUAUGGCAAAUUCAUUGGCAACUGGCGAUGAAAGGGCACUUACACCAGACGAAUCCGUUUUAAACAAGUUGGAAACCAUCGCUACAAAGUCACAUGCAGUAAACUUGUUUGCGGACGUAAAAUUCAGUCAAUUGAUUCCAAGUCCACCUUCUUCGGAUGAUGCAGGCAAUGAUUUCUUGAGCCACACUGACUCUUUGCCACCAAAGAUUGUUCGCACCAUAUGUCAAGAGGGCAUUGUGCUUUAUGUUAAAGCUUUAUCUCUCUUAGCGAGAGGGAUGUCUGUUGCUAGCGAAUGGUGGUAUGACCAGUUAAACGAUGCAGUAGGUACUGGUUAUAAUGAUACUAACGAUAGCAAAAGAGACGUUCAAGUUUCUAUGAAAAUAAAUCAAUUGGUCCAGUGGAUAAGAGAAAAGUUCAAUGAAUGUUUGGAAAAAGCAGAAUUUAUAAAAUUGCGAUUACAAGAGGCAAAUAUAGCUAUUGCAAGAGCAGAGGGUCUCGAAUCCAUAUCUGAAAAUGACUCAGACUCACAAAAGGUAAUUGCUGAAAGGUUAAUCUUUGACAGAGCUUUGGAAAUGUCUAGAAAUGCAGCGGUCAAUGAAUUGGUAAAAGAGGACUUAAAAGGGUGUGAGUUGGCGUAUAGUACUGCUAUUUGGAUGCUUGAAGCGUUAUUGGAUGAAGAUGAUACUUCAAAUGACCAAGUGAAUGAACGUAAGUUGGAUAAUGAGGAUAGAGUAAUGGUCGAGAAAUUCAUUGUUAGCAUUGGCAAUAGGUUAUCGGUUUUGAAGAAGAAGAUGGAACUAAUGUAA